AUGGACCUUAUUUAUGGCUACAUCACCUGGACUCUUAUGGUUACAUGUGAAGGGAUGAAGACAGUUCAUCCUGAAUGUUCUAUAGUAUUGCAUCUACAAGCAAAAGAAGCUGAUUGUCAGCUCCAAAUUAGUUUAAUGCAGUCUUUAUUCAACUAUAAUGCUACCAAUACAGGUUGUGUGGUUGAGUGGGAUGGUGUGAACUGCUGGCCUGCAGUCAGUGUAGGAGAGAGAGUCUCGCUGUCUUGCCCACCUCCUCUCCUCAAGUCUCAUGAGUUGAUCAGCCGCACCUGCACUAGUGAGGGAUGGAGUAGGUUGAGUGUGUCUUAUUACGAUGCCUGCUUCCAGGACAACAGCACAGAGCAAGAAGAGACUGGACACAGACGAGAGUACUUUGCCAGGGUGAAGUUGAUAUACACAGUUGGGUAUGGCAUGUCCAUCGGCUCGCUCUGCAUUGCAAUCUUCAUCUUCUGCAUAUUUAGGAAGCUUCUGUGUACACGGACCUACAUCCACCUCAACCUCUUCUCCUCAUUCAUCCUGAGGGCUUUGGCUGUGUUUGUGAAGGACGCAGUGUUAUUCGCGGAUGAGACUGUCAAUCACUGCACUGUCUCCACGGUUUUGUGCAAAGCUGUGGUGACAUUUUUCCAGUACUGUGUGUUAUCAAAUUUCUACUGGCUGCUCAUUGAGGGACUUCAUCUUCAGACACUGCUAGCAUUCACCUUCACCCACACAAAAUCAUUUUUCUGGUGCUAUAUUCUUAUUGGCUGGGGGGUGCCAUCUGUCACAGUAAUAAUCUGGACAUUCUUCAAACAUAAAUAUGAUAAUCAUGGGUGCUGGGAUGACCUGGAUAGUGGAUAUUGGUGGAUCAUCAAAAUUCCCAUUUUGCUUUCUGUAUUUGUGAACUUUUUGGUGUUUGUUAACAUAAGCAGGAUUAUAGUUGUGAAGACAAAAACCCCAGAACUCAAUGGAGGAGACAGGCAACUUUACAGGCGACUGGCGAAGUCAACUCUUCUACUCAUCCCUCUUUUUGGAGUACACUACACUGUAUUUGCUCUGUUUCCCGAGAAUGUGGGAGUAGAGGCGAGACUCUUCUUUGAACUUGUGCUAGGUUCCUUCCAGGGUUUCAUUGUGGCAUUGUUAUACUGCUUCUUGAACUGUGAGGUGCAGAAUGAAAUAAGAAAAGAGAUUGGGAAAUAUAAGUUCCGAACUGACAACAACACUUUCCAAAUGGCAACCCAGGACUUCACUGCAUAA